UUGCUUCUUCUUGUCAUUGAAGUUUUUUGCAGAUCUCCGAAUCCUCUGCAGCAACAGGGUUAUAGCAGCGCUGGCCUAAGAGAGAGCAAUCAUGACAUCUAUAAGGCGAGUCAAACAUCUCCACCGGCAGCGCACUCCUCACCUCGUGAAGAGCAUAGGAUGCCGUCGAAUAAUAUGUCUCAUCUUCCUCCUAUCAACACUAACUACUCGGCUUCUCUUCCGGCUCCGAUUAGUCGCGCCAACGCACAAAACCCCAACCAAAAUUAUGUCCAGCAGCAAUCCCGUAAUGUGCCGGUGAUCCGAUACAACCCCAGAGGUCCCUCCUCGCCUUCAUCGGUUCCGAAUGGAAAUGUUGGCGGUUACGCGAAACCGCCCAACUACAGUGCCCCGUCAUCUGCUCGCUCUCCGGAAGCAGCCGUGGUUCGACCGAUUGCGCUACAAGUGGAAAAACAUGAUUCCAAUGGAGGACCACUUCGUCUACAUAGCGAACCGCGAUCGACAACGACUACUUUUGGCGUAAUGGCUCCUACUGCAUUUACGCAGGCUUUACAAGCUGCUGCAAAUCAAGAGGCUCGUGUUGUUUUGGCUCCUCCUCGCUCAUCAGGUUUCGAACGAGAGUUGCUGAAUCUUGAGAGAACUAACACGGCGUUGAUGACCAGAGAGGCUGUGAACCAAGAGUUGGAUCGUUUGGAUGCCAAAGGUAUUAAUAUGACUGAGGAUGAAACUAGGCGAUAUAGGGAGUUGCUGAACAUUGCCACAGAACAAUCGCGAACACGAGACGGUAGGAAUGCUGCUGUUGUGGCACCCACUACUAGCUACAGUUCAGCUGAAACGACGAGGUUGUCAGCUGGGAAUCGCACUGAAACCCUAAUCGACGACGUUGAUGUGAGCCCUGGACGGAGUGCGAUGCGGGAGAACAUAUCGCCAGGAGGAUACGAGCGAAAGAGCGUCCAGUUCAAAGACCCUAAAGAUGCAGAAAUGCUAGAUUCUCCAUCAAUUUACGGCACUAACGAGAUCUAUCGAGACUUGCGACAACAGCGGUUAAAUGAGCUA